CUUGGAUACAUAGUGCAGAUGAAGCUUUUCUGCAGUAGUUGCGUAUGAAAUACAAAUGAAGUCCGCCUUGAAAGCCUCUAGAAAGAAUAUUUUAUCAUUGUAGGAUCCAUAUUGCUUUCGGUUGAUGUUAUUUUAGCAAGAUUCGAAGCCCCGCGUGUUCGAAUUUUUAGAGGAAAAUGUCGGAGGCUCCACAAGACGAAGCUGCCAGAUCUAGGGCUGCAUCACCUCCCAGUGGCGAAGUUGCUCCUCCGUUGAUCUCAAACGCAAAGGAUGAAGAGGCAAAGAAAGGCCCGAAACGCCGAGGUGCUCCCAGAUCGGCGGGAAGAACGGCGGCGAAUGUAGGCCCGCAGAAGAAAACAGUCACACUGGUAACAGGGUCGGAAGCUAUGAAGGAAAGGCAAAAGCAGGCAAAAGCCCUCAAGGAACAGCGAAAGACGACGAUGGAUUCUAGGCACAACUUUAUACUAUCCAAGAUCAGUGACUACAUUGGAGCAGAUGGUGCUGUUGUUGAGGAUUUCAUCUUGGGAGAUGAUAAGUUUGACCAAAUUGAAGACUUUUUUGCUGCAGAAGGAUCAAGAAAACUUAUGUUUUUCUACCAAGAAUGCACUAUAAACAGAGUGGAUCUAAGUUCACAGGCAGCAAAUUCCCCCAGGAAACUCUUCAUUACAGGAGGAAAUACAGAGGUAAAUUUGCAUGGUGCAGAAUGAAUUGACACUUUGUUGUUUAAUG